AUGGCGGCUCCGCCUGUCCCUUCGGAUCACAUCUACACGAGCUGCUACUGCGAGGAAAAUAUCUUCCUCCUGGCAGACGCUCUCACCCGGUCCGCCGCCAGCGAAGAUAACGAAGUCGUCGCCUGGGACGUGUAUGUCGUCUUCGUCUCUAAUCACCACAAAUCGGUCGCGCUCUGGGAGCAGAAGGCCCGGGAGGGCGUCGUGCUUUGGGACUACCACGUCCUGCUCGUGCUGCGCGCGCGCACGCUGAGAAAAAUGUGCCCGCCCGGCGGCGAAGCUGCGGAGCGUGCGCAUGCCUGGGUGUACGACUUGGACAGUCGCGCGCCCGUGCCGUGCUGCUGGCAAGAUUACAUGCACGCGACGUUCCCAUACGCAUUCUCCGACGGCUGGGAAGUGCCUGCGCAGUACGUCAGCCUCUUUCGCGUCGUGCCUGCGGAGGACUAUCUCGACCAUUUUGUCUCGGACCGCUCGCACAUGCUCGUCCAGGGGCAGGUCGAUGUCUAUGUGUCUGCACCGCCUCCGUAUUCUCCGCUCCGGGGUAGGAAGGCGAGCGACAGCCAAUUGAAGACGAACCUAAUGCCCUCGUUCGUGAGCAUGCGCUCACACGUUAGUGAUGGAGCAUUGCCUUCGGCGGCUGAUGUUGCAGAGACUCGGACGUAUGGUAAGGUACUGGGCAUGUCAGAGUUUGUGCCCUGGCUUUCCGGAGAGCUUGGCGCAGCUGAUAAAUGAUUAUUAUGCGUACCUGAAUAUUACCUAUAGAACUCGUACUCCAAAACAGAGCACAUUGACCAAUUGGCACAGCAA